AUUACUACGCCGAAAGCAGUACUAUUCGUUUACAAGUUGUGAAAUGUGCAUUUGCAGAGGAAGAUAAUCCAAGUGACAAAUAGAAUAAUAACGCUAUUCUAAACUACGUGAGUUUUUCAUUUGAACUGUAUCAAAACGAUAACCGGAGCUUUCUACCUUAUAAUACAAAUAAUUUCAGCAAUACAAGCAAUUCAGAUUACUUAAGUGGUUCAUAUACCAUCCCACACUCGUCUUGUAUAAUAGACUCUUAAUAGGUAGUUUCUCGCAAUUCAAGAUAAAAUGUUUCUCACGAUUUUGACAAGUUUUGUUUUAUUAUUAUUUAUAUUACACUGUUAUAUAAAAUAUAGAAGGGAAGGAAGACUUCUUAAUAAAAUUCCAGGACCAAAAGCAUAUCCCAUAAUUGGAAAUAUACAUCAUAUGCGAGUUCCCAAUGAUGAAAUAUUAAAGCAAUAUUGGAAAAUUGGUGAUGAAUUUUAUCCUAUAUAUAAAAUAUGGUCCUUUUUGUUCUCAUCUGUAAUUUUACUUCAUCCGGAAGAUAUUAAGAUAUUCAUGACAAAUAAAGAACUUACAACAAAAUAUAUGCCAUACAAACAUAUGCAGAGUUGGCUAUCUACUGGAUUGCUUACAACUAAUGGAGAUAAAAAAUGGCAAAAACGACGAAAAAUGUUAUCGCCUGCCUUUCAUGUAAAUAUCAUGAAACAUUUUCUCGUUUCAUUUAACGAGGAAGCUGAAUUUCUCGUAAGAUCAUUAAAAGAACAAGCACAAAACAAAGAUGGUUUUGUCGUUAAAGAUUUGUUAGAACUUAUUACGAAACAUUCUUUAAAUAUAAUAUGUGAAACGAUAUUGGGUAUUUCAUUAAAUGAAAAGGAUCAACUUGAAUUUGAAUAUCGUAAUGCUGUUCAUGCUUAUGGAAAAAUUACAGCAUAUAGAUUUUCUAGACCUUGGUACCAUUGGGAUAUUUUAUUCGCUUUAUCAAAAACAGGUCGAUUGGAAAAGAAAUUGUUGAAAACGUUGCAUGGUUUUUCCAAAACUAUAAUUGCAGAAAGAAAACGUUUUCACGAACAAAAUGAAGAAAAUGAAGAAAUUCUUGAAGAAUUAAAGGAUGAUAAUAAUAAAAGAACAAGAUCUAAAGGAAAACUUUGUUUGUUAGAUCUACUUUUAGCUUCUUAUUUAGACGAUAAACAAAUUGAUUAUGAUGGAAUUCGCGAAGAAGUUGAUACUUUUACAUUCGCGGGUCACGAUACUACAGCCAUGGCAUUGUGCUUUGCAUUGAGUCUUUUUGCAAAACACAGAAAUGUUCAGGAAAAUAUAAGACAUGAAGUGAAUACGAUUAUGCAACAAGAUGAUUGUAAAUUGACGACUACGAUACUUAAAGAUUUUUCAUAUUUGGACAGAUGUAUAAAAGAAUCACUUCGUUUAUAUUCAAGUGUACAUACUAUAGCACGUUAUUUAGAUCAGGAUUUACAACUGAGUAAUUACGUAAUUCCAGCUGGAACAAAUUGUUUAGUGAGUAUAUGUAACAUACACAAAAACCCAAUAUAUUGGCCAAAUCCGGAUAUUUUUGAUCCAGACAGAUUUUUACCAGAAAAUGUGAAAGAACGUCAUCCAUACUCGUACAUUCCGUUUAGUGCAGGAAUGAGAAACUGUAUUGGUCAAAAAUUUGCAAUGCAUGAAAUGAAAGUAUUAAUAGCAUAUAUUAUACAUAAUUUUCAUUUGGAACCGGUUGACGAACUCGAUGAUGUUAAGAUAAGUGGAGAAUUAACUUUGUCUCCAUCUGGACCACUUCAUAUUAGGUUUAUUCCUAUAUAAGGGAUACCUUAAAAAAGAAUAAAACACAGUAUGAUAAAUAUAAUUAAUUAAUUUGUAUAUUUUAUUUUAUUAUUUGGA